AUUCUCUCAAAGAAUUGUUGAUUGUUGUUGUUCUUGUUUUUGUUUUAAUUUGUUACUUUAUUACACUUUUGUUUCUCCAUUAUUGCGUUGAGUUGAGUGAAUUUCGCUACUCCGCAUUAGUGUCGGUCGAACCAGAGCAGUGUUGUUGGUGACAAGUUGAUAAACGGUAAACUGUCUCGGUUUCCUAAACCUGGGCCUAGAAAUGCUAUUCGCAUCAAACUCUAGCAUUGCAAGAAUAUCAGGGAUCAAGUUCGUCUCUAAAUCUCAAGUCUCAACCAGGUCCUUCCCUUGUUGAGAAUGUAACGAUUACUGAAAUGCAAGAUCACAAAGAUCAAGCUGCAGCUCAAGAUCUGGAGUGUCAACCAGGUCCCUCCUUUUGUACUGUUCUUCAGAACAUUACAAAUUCUUGUACACAGCACCACAAAGUGGAAAAUGAUAUGGAAAACUACGUUAAGUAUAAACUAGUCGGAGGCAAACUUAAACUCAAGAAAGGGGUUGUGCCACAUAGGUUUGCUUGUCAAAAACAAUCAGUUGAAAAACCUGAGCGCUCUGUUGUAAAAACACUUAAAAUUGCAAAACUGACAGCCUCGAGAUGUGGAUUACGGGUUGUCUUUAAAGCUCGUGGCUUAAUGCCUCCCGUUUUCACACCACUGAACGACGACUAUACAAUUAAUUAUGAAGUGAUUCCUGCUUACGCUGAUUACCUCACAAAGGCUGGAAUUAAAUCAGUUCUUGUGGGAGGAACAACGGGGGAGCACAUGUCCCUGAACGUCGCGGACAGGAAAAAGGUUGUGGACGCUUGGGUAAAAACUGCCAAAACCACUGGAUUGCACAUUCAGGUGCAAGUAGGUGGAGCACCAUUAGCUGAUGUACUGGAUUUGGCGUCGUAUUGCGAGAAGGAGGGCGCGGAUUCGCUACUGACACUCCCGGAGUUGUACUUCAGACCGCAAAAUGUUAACGAGCUGGUAUCUUACGUGGAGCUGGUGGCAAAGGCUGCUCCCAACCUUCCUGUUCUCUAUUACCACAUACCUAGUAUGAGUAAAGUAGAAAUUAACAUGCCAGCAUUUGUGACUGCAGCCACGGCCCAUAUUCCCAACUUCAAAGGUAUCAAAUUCACGUCAAACGACUUGAGCGAAGGCGCCCAAGUAUUGCGGGCACUUAAAGAUGACCAGGAGAUAUUUCUGGGUGCUGAUACCCUGCUUGCGCCCGCAGCCCUUCUAGGAAUAAAAUCCAGCAUUGGUACAACUUGGAACCUGUUUCCCCGCUUAGCUCAAGACAUACUGGACGCUGUGGAGAAAAAUGACGUCGCAAAAGCAAGGGCUUUGCAGGAAAAGUUGAGUUUGGCGAUCGAAGCUCAUACCGUUGAAGGCGCAUGGGUGCCUAUAAUGAAAGCCGGUAUGGAGAUUGUUUCUGGUAUUAAAGUGGGUCCACCUUCUUUGCCCCAGAGACCAAUAGCAGAAGAGGCAAGAAAACGAAUUGAAGAUAGAUUGAGGAACUUGCGAAUUAUCAACUAACAUUUUUCAUUUAUAAUAGAAUAUGGCUUCUAAUCGCUUAAUAUAAAAUAUUUUAUUU